UGACACUUGACACCAUCGGUAGUUUGUUAGCGGUGUUUAUGGUUCUUUUUUUUAUAUAAAUUGUUUUUAUAAAUAAGUUUAAAAGUUUAUACCAUUACCUAUAUACCUAUUUCUUUUUGUUAAUUUUAAUUAGAACACUGUCGUGUUUUUAUAUUUCGUUAGUUUGAAAGCCAAUCUAAUCUGAAGGAAUUAACACAAACUAUAUAAAUUUCAAAGAUGGAAUGCUUAGAAAUAAAAAAGGAAGAUCCUGAAGAUGAACUUCAAGAAAAUUACGCUUUAAUAGACUAUAACAUAGACAUUGCCAAAAUUAAAGAGGAAAUAAAUGAAACACCUUCAAUAGGUUUACACACAUCUGUAGAUGAUAUAGAUUCAAAAGAAAUGUUAGAUAUUCCAAUACCUGUUAAGGUAGAAAUCACAGAAAGCAAUGUUAUGAAAUUUGAAGUCAAAGAACCUGAUAUAGACAGCAAAGAAGAAAUGGAGAUUAAGGACGAAUUGCCUGGCUGUUCAACUGAAACUGAAGAACCAAGUGGACACAAUACCAAAGGGGUGGAGUCUCUAUGUAUGCAAAAAGUACCUGAAUGCUGCAAUUUUACUAUUGAGAAAGAAAUUGUAAUAAAUGCUAUUUCUACUAAGAAAAAUAAAAAACGUGCAGCGACAAGCAAAAAAGCUGAUAGCCAACUGACUGAUAGAAACGAUCUGUUUGAUAAUUUGGAAAAUCAGCCCCCUGCUACAACAUACCAUAACAAAAUUAAUAUCGUUUCACAGCAAGUCAUAAAGCAGUCACCAUUUAUGACCAAUAUUGAAAUGUUUUUGACUAACAAUGUAUCCAAUGUUCCUGAUUAUAAGACAAUACUUGUGGAAAAUGAUGGCAUGAUGCAGAUGAUUGAUACCCUUCAAGAAUGCCCAUCAAUGUCACGACAGCUACCACCAGAGCCAGUAAUAAUUAAUGUUGGAAAUGAAAUACAACUAUUAAGAGAAGAAAUAAUAUGUGUAAAAUACGAAAUAAGUACUAUAAAAGAAGAAUUAAGUACCAUGAAAGAAGAAAUAAAGAAAGACUAUAACAAGAUCAACCUAAAUUUGGACAAAAUUCAUAAAACUUUAUCUGAUAUAAAUUUCAUACCUAAAGCUCUUGAUCCGCCAGUAAGUGAAAUACCUAAAGCUCUUGAUCCACCAAUUACAUUUUUAUCCAAAAUUGGAGGAACUACUAGGGAAGAAGAUGGGACAAAAGUAGCCUACAAGGUCAUUGAUUAUCUAUUUAACCCGUCUGUUUUAAUAAAUUAUACAUGGACCGGGGUUGCAAGGGGAAAGAACCGAAAUUCAAGAAAACCCUUUCAAAUUUUAGAAGCAAUUUUAGAUGUAUUUUUUCAAGUAAUUUCACUUGCUGAUAUUCGGCAUACUAAACAGAAAAAUUGUAAUAUUUUUAAAGAAGGUGUUUUGAAAUACGCCACAAAAAGGAGUUUACGUAAGCGUUCACAGACUGACAGCAAUGUUAAGAGCUCGGUACCUCAUGAUCAUGCUAAUAAAAAUAAAGAAGAUGUUCAUGAUCAAGUGGAUACAAAGGCAAGCAAUUCUCCAGAGGAAUUAGAUGUAACUGAUGGGGAGGAGGAUAAAUAAUUUUAUUUUUUAUGUUUGUUGUGGUUAACCCUGAAUUUAUUAAUACCAAUUUAAUUUAGUACAGAAAUAAAGUUUAAUUUUAUUAAUA